AUGACGACCUUCUGCUAUAACCUCACCGGUCCUCUGAAGAACUCAACACGAACCCGAUCGAAGAAGAUCAAGAAGACGUCGAUCGAUUCAAGCGAAGAACUCCACAAGAACCCGAGCGAAGACGUUCAACAAGAAGAAGAUGAGAAUCUUGCUCCGAUUCCUCCUCGACAAAUCCCAGAGUUACUCAUCGCAAGAACCGUCGCACUCGUCCGGAGAUGUCAUUACCCGAAGCUAUCUCUCAUCUCCAGAGCCUUCCUUCGCGUCAUCUCUUCGCCGGAACUCUACAGAAGGCACUCGGUCCUCGGCUUGACUGAACCGGUUCUUUAUGCCUUGAUCGGAUUCCCUUAUAGUCACGAAAGUUUCCGGAGCUGGCACAUUCUCAACUUAAACAUCUCAGAAAGCUUGAGCGAGGUCCCUUCACUUCCUCCUAUGUAUCCUGGAUCUUCUGUGGUCACAAUCGGAUACAAUAUGUAUGUGAUCGGUGGUUUGACCGGGUUGAAUCAACCUGUAUCGACUGUGUUUGUCCUCGAAUGUAGAUUCCACACGUGGGACCAUCUCCCAAGUAUGCACAGGGCUCGCUACCGUGCAGCUGCCGGAGUCAUUGACAGAAAGAUCUAUGUCAUCGGAGGUUUGCCUUACCUCAGAUACUCUGUGUGUAAAAUUGCGAAUGUGGGUGGGAAGCUGAUGGUUUUGGCCACUUAA